UCCCCAGGGUCAUGUAUAAAAUUUUACAAAGCUGGGCAGGCCCAGUUGACCUUCAUUUUGUUUUUGGCAAGAUCUGAGAUCUUUGACUCAACCAAAUUGAAUGAUGUUUUAUGAUGAUGUUUCCUUUAGUUUGGCAGUUACCUGUACACUACAACAAUAACAAUGCCAGAAAUAGCCUAUGUUUAUAAUAAGAUUUCUCAACUCAAAGCCUAUAUUCAUUUUCAAACCAGCACUUUUCUGUUUUCAGACACAAUAUACUUGGUGUGAUGAUUAUGUAAGGUCCGUUCUAGAUCAAAUGUAGUAGUCCCUGUGCAAUUAAAGGGGCUACAUAGAAGAAGAAUUCAAUUUUUCGAAACCUUCUUACACAUCCCUACUUGUUUCAUUUGAUUGGUUCCGCUACAUGGGUUGCGUGUACAUGUAUGUGUGCCACAUGGAGCGUGUAUGUUUGUGUGGGUGUGUUUUAGCCAGUUCCUGUGCCUGUCUGGUGUGUGGGUUGUUAUGUGAUGAGUGUCCAGGGAAGUGGUACAAGUUGACAUUCGAUUCCCUAACCAAUCACAUAGUCUGACCAUAGUGUGUAUCUGAUUGGGAGGGGGAUGACUACAGUAUAUAUUGACCAUGGAGGGAUAUACAGUAAAGAAGGAGAGAAAGAACCAAAGUUCUACUACUACCACUCACUGGUAGUUCAAGAAAGCAGCAAGACAACAACCCAAAAACAACAUGAAGUCUCUGAUUCUCCUGACCAUUUGUGCCGUUCUGUCGGUCUCUCUGUCCAUGAACGAUCUGGCUCUUGAUGUGGUUCUCGAUCCUGCUCCUGACCCUGCCGCUGAACCAGCACCAGCCGCAGACUCCUCCGCAUCUUCAUCAGCUUCCUCCUCUUCCUCCUCGGCUUCCGACUCAUCAGCCUCUGCCUCAGACUCCUCGGACUCAGACUCUUCCUCAUCCUCUUCCUCGUCGUCUUCUUCAGAGUCAGCAAGUGCUGAAGCUACGGCAGAGGACCCAGCUGCAGCUACAGAGCCAGAAGUGAUUAUGAAGAGAGACCUGGCCUCAGUGUUGCUGAGGAGGAAGAGGGCGGCUGGACCUGCAGCUGCUGCCUUCACCCUCACCCAGGUGGAGAGUCUGAGUGAGGUGUGUGAGCUCAACCUGGCCUGUGAGCACAUGGCGGAGACAGCAGGCAUCGUUGCAGCAUACGCUGCAUACUAUGGACCACCUCCCUUCUAAACAGACUCUUUACUAUGCAACCUGGAGAGAGAGAAAAUACUCUCUGCCAUUUCACCAUCAUGAAGCUACAUUCUUGAGAAGGGAUCAACCACUCCCAACAGUGUCCUUAUAUGGGCAUAGAAAACAAACACAAACAGGUUUCCUCCACGUUUUAGGGAGCAGACCAAGUUAUGGGACUUUGCGAGACCAGCCACAAGUGAAAUUGGUAGCUACAGUACUCGUAGUGCCGGCUGUAACUAUAUGUUUUGGGUAAUGUAAGAAAAGGCAUGUCUAAUCCAAGCUUUUGUAAUAUUGAGGAGAAGCUAGAGAAUAUAGGAACUGAGUCCUGUGGUUAUCGGGGCCUGCUAAUGUAAAUUGCUCAACACAAUAUCACAAAGAAUGGUGCUAAAACCGCAAAUGUAUUGUAUCAUAAAUGUAUUAAUCUUUAUCUGUUUUGUAGUAUUAGGCAGGCUAAAUCGCACAUUAUCAUUUAUCUGCAAUGUAUUAUAACCAUACAUUUUAAAUUAUUGUUUCCUGUUCGUAGUAUAACUUGCUGAUAGUCAAUACUGUCAUAGAUUUGUAUUGAUUGAUUUAGUGAUGAUAACAAUCUUCUAAGGAGGGGUUUAGAAAGAGUGAGAACAUCACAGUUUGUAUGCAAACUCAAACCUUGUUGAUGCCACUUUGACUACUGUCUUGCACAUAAGUGCUGAAUAAAGUGGAGAACAUUUUAAUA